CUUGAGCCAACAAUAAUAAUUCUGCCAUGUAAUAAACUUUUAAAAAUCUUUUCUAAGAGGAACCUAUUUCUACAAUUCCAGAAAGUCCUGCUAGCAGUCCUGGCCGUGGCGGCGCUCUCCGCCGGCAGCAUCGUCAAGGCUCCUGGCGACAACUUCGAGCUGCUCAUCCUCCACAACAAUGACAUGCACGCGAGGUUCGAGCAGACCUCACAGCUGAGCGGAGCCUGCACCACAGCUGACAGGGAAGCCGGCAAAUGUUACGGAGGUUUCCCUAGAGUUGCUCACGUAGUGAAGGAAGCGCGCCGAGCUGCCCACUCCGGGGAGGGUCCCCCCGUGCUGUACCUAAACGCUGGUGACACAUACACAGGGACAGCUUGGUUUACGAUAUACAAAUGGAAGAUAGCCGCAGAAUUCGUCAACGCUUUACAACCAGAUGCAGUUUCACUCGGAAACAAUGAAAUUGAAGGGCAAGAUGUUUCACCGUUUUUACAAAACUUGAAUACCGAAGUACUGGCUUGCAACGUUUAUAUAAAAUCCGCUGAAAAUAAGAUCAAUAUUAAGAAAUCUGCCGUGUUUGACAUAAAUGGAAUUAAAGUCGGUAUUGUGGGUUAUCUAACACCUGAAGAAAAUGAUGUAGGUGACCUAGAAUACAUUGAUGAAGUCCUGGCCAUCACAGAAGAAGUGGAGAAGCUCCAACUCAGGCUACAGAUCUUCUCUUACCCUAACGAGACUUUGAACAGGAUGAUGAAAGUAAAGUCACCGUACAACAUGGAGGACGGUUCGUGGACGCCCCUGCUGGUGUUCAUCACUGACUACGCACUGUAUGUCGCCAGCGUGAAGCCUGGAGGCACUGAGUAUGAUAUCUUGUGCCGACUGCCGCACAAUGAAUUGGAUGCAAUUGUGGUGGGCCCAGAAGCACAAUACAUCCAGAUCCUAGACAUAGCCGGCAACAUAGCCUGCUCCAUCAUCACCGGGGAAUCCUCGCUCGGGUCCCGUCUCGCGUCGUCCCUGGAGUGGAGCGCGCGCACCUCGCCUCUGCGGAUCCAGCGCCCGCCCGCCAUGAUACCGCUCGGCUGCAGGGACUGGCUGCGGCAGUGGCCAGGCAGAGCAUGA